AUGUAUUAUCGUAAAUUUGUAUUCCUUUUAUUAACACUUUGUGUUUUUGGUCAAAGUUUUGUCCAAUCCCGUACUGUAACACUUGAUGGAACUUCUUGUGGUAAAUGCCAAUUGGAGUCAAUGAUUUCAUCAUUAGCUGGUGGUGCUUUAAGCUCACUUGAUGAUGUUGUUAUCAAAGGUGUCCCAAAUGCUGUCUACACAAUCGCAAAACCAGUUCUCUGUCGUGCAAUGAAUAUUACAAGUGGUACUGUCAAUUUAGCAUCAACUAUUGAUUUAAGAGGUAACUUAUGGAUUGCAUCAGGUGCAAGCAUGAUCAUCACUGGUGCCAUUAAAAGUGUUUCCAAUGUUUUCGUCACUGUUGAUGGUAUCGUUACAGUUAGAGGUGGUGCAUCUUUAAUUGCCAACUUAAACGUUAAUGGUAAAUUAAAUAUUGAAGCAGGUUCAUUGACUGUCAAUGGUUUCAUUGCAAGUGCAACUGCCUUACCAAUUGUUUCAGGUGCAGGUCAAUUAAUCAACAAUGGUAAAUGUAUUUAUAAUGCAGUCCCAACCAUCCUUGGAACUGGUCAAUUCAUUGUCAAUGGUGCCACUCAAUUAUCAAAAGGUAUCACUUGUCAAGACAAAGCAAUCCUCUCCAUUGCAUCAAAAGCAACUGUUGAUAUCCUUGCCAACUCAAUCUUUGCCGCUCCAAUUGCAAUUGCAAGCAAUGCUGAAAUUAAAUUAACCAGUGGUAACCAUGUAUUCAAUGGUGUAAAUGGUGCAACCAACUCCAUCAUGACCAUCGUAAAUGGUGCAGUCUCAUUAAAUGCCCCAAGUACCUGUCACACUGUUGACCUCACUGGUGCUGGUUCAAUCUUAGUUAACUCCAACUCUGUCAUCAACACAAUUAAAGCCGCAGCAACUGCUCAAGUUAACGUUGCCAAAGCUGGUCUCCUCAACAUUAAUGGUAUUGCUGAUAUUAAAGCCAUCCUCAACUUAAAAGAUACUGCCAACGUUGUCGUCGCUGCCAAAGCCACUGCUAACCUCUUAGGUGGUGUUAAUGCUAUUGCUCAAUCACAAAUUCAAGCUAUGGAUAGCUCUAUCCUCAACAUGGGUAAAACCUGUACUCUCUCACAACCAAUCAUCAUGGGUAAACAAGCUGUUAUGAACGCAAUGGAAGGUACUCACUCAUGGACUCAAGGUAUCACCUCCCAAGUUAACUCUAUCAUCAACAUCGGUUCAAAAUCAAAUAUCAUCGCCAACAAAGAUUGUAAAUUCGGUAUCCUCAACCUUGCAACUGGUUCAAAUGUAAACAUCAACUCUGGUACAACCAUCGUCCAAGGUGCCCUCACAACUGCUUCAAACUCUGCCCUCGCUGUUACCAACGCUGUCCUCAACUUAAAAGCAACCUCUGUUAUUAAAUCUGCCUUAUCCAUCAAUGCUCAAGCAAAAGCAAUCUUUGAUAGCAAAGUUGACCUCUUAGCCGGUAUCACCACUCAUAUUGAUUCAACCAUCGAUAUUAACCAUAACGUAAACAUCUUAGCUUCAUCCACAAUUAAAUCUGUCACUAACCUCAAUGCCAAUGGUCUCUUAGUAUUCGGUGGUUCAAAAGGUGUUAGUCACUCUUGCUCUGGUGAUAUCACUUCUGAUGCCAAAUCAACCCUCAAUGUUGUUGCUGGUGCUAUUCUCCAUCUCGAUGGUGAUGCAGUUCUUGCUGGUACUCAUAAAUUAGUUGAUGGUUCACAAAUCAUUGUAAACGGUAAUGCUAAUAUCAUCUCUGGUUUAACCUCAACUGGUUCAGCUCUUUCUCACUUUACUGUUGGUCCAACUGGUAGCUGUGUCCUCGGUAAUACCCCAAUGCCAACUCUCCCAUCAUUCCCAACCAUCCCAGGUUUCCCAUCAUUCCCAUCUGCUUCUCAAAAAUCAUGGAGUCAUCACGGUCACUCAAAUAAUGGUAACAACGGUAACAACGGUAACAAUGGUAACAAUGGUAACAAUGGUAACAACGGUAACAACGGUAACAACGGUAACAACAACGGUAAUAACGGUAAUAACGGUAAUAACGGUAACAACGGUAACAAUGGUAACAACGGUAACAAUGGUAACAAUGGUAACAAUGGUAACAAUGGUAACAACGGUAAUAACGGUAACAAUGGUCAAUCAUCAGGUUCAAACCAAAUGCCAUCAAGCACUAUUUCAUUCCCAUCAUCUGGUUCAGCAUCAUCUGGUUCAUUCCCAUCAUCAUCAACUGGUUCAAACCAAAUGCCAUCAAGCACUAUUUCAUUCCCAUCAUCUGGUUCAGCCUCAUCUGGUUCAUUCCCAUCAUCUGGUUCAGCUUCAUCUGGUUCAUUCCCAUCAUCUGGUUCAUCAAACAAUGGUCAAACCUCAGGAAAAUCAACCACCACAACUACUACUACUUCCUCAAGCUCAUCAUCAAGCUCAAUUACAAAUAUCAAUGGUAAUGUUAUCAUCCAAACUGGUGGUUCAUUAGAUGUUUUGGGUAAAUGUAAUGUUGGUUCAACUGUUCAAAACUUAGGUUCAUUAACCCUCACUCAACCAAUGGUCAUUGCAGGUAAUGCCUUCACUCAAACAAGUGCUACUGCCGUCUUAAAUAUGGUCGCUGGUGGUUCAAUUGAAUCAAAAGUUAUUGAUUUCACUCAUGGUACCAUUCAAGGUGUUGGUGCUCUUAAAUGUGGUACUUGUAACUUUGCCAAUAAGAUCGCUGCUAACCUCAACAUUGUUGGUAACGUUAAAAUGGCCGCAACUGCAACUGUCUAUGCAAACAUUGAUGCUUUAAUGUCAAUCACCACCUCAACCCAAACCUCAAUCUCUCAAUCAUCAACCAAGACUGUCAACGGUAAGACCACCACUCAAUCAUCAUCAAGCUCAUCAUCAUCCAUCUCUAAACAAUUCGUUCCAAUGAUCGUUUGUUCAGGUACUGCUGAUGUUGCUGGUAACCUCAAUGUCGUUGCCUCAGAAGCCAAUCAAGCUAAAAUUGCCUCUGGUACUGUAUUCAAAUUCAUCUCAGCCCCAGUUGUUAAAGGUAAUGUCUCCUCAGUUAGCUGUCUCACCUCAAGCACUGCUGCUGCUGCUCAACAAGCUGCCGGUGCUGCUGCUGCUGCUGCCCAAAAAGCUGCUAUGGCUGCUGCCUCUAAAGUUUGGUCAAUUGUAAAUUCACCAUGUAACUGUGAAUGUGGAUUGAAGAGAUUAUAA